CGCAAUAAGAAUUCAACCUAUACAAACAGUAUAGAGAUAUUUUCUACAAUACAAUCUGUUGUGACAAUAACCAAAAGGAAUACAAAUAUCUAUUAUCAUAUAUAAUAAGAUAACCACAGAACCAUGAGAGAAUGGAAUCUGGUAAUGCCCCAUGUAUGAUCUACCGAAACAACAAUAACUUCUUACCAAGCCUAACGGACGAUCACAGACGAUUCCUUAUCAGUCCCGCAACUGGUACUGUUAUCUCCGGACGACCUGAUAUGGUAUUUGGUCUUGGAAAACAGAGAGAUAACACCGAGGACACCAUUGACUUUUCGGGUACAGUUACACUUCCUGAGGAACCGGGGAGUCAUGUGGGACAGUCUGGUGAAAUAGUGUCAGGCAGUACAGGGGCAAUGACGACUUCGAACGAACUGGCGGCUCUCAAAGCCGAAAUAAUCAAAGAAGGCGGUGUUGAGAUCGCCGAAAUGUACAAAGAACCAGAGCAUAGCUUCUUAAGAGCAAACUCGGAAGAAGGCAUGUCAGAAAUUUACGAUAGCGUUUCCCAAUACGUAUCCAAGAAUGACGGCAGGCUAUCCAAAGAAAAUUCUUUCGCUCGACCGUUGGGUAAUCCUAAUCAAAUUCAUAUUGAAGAAUCAGUCGCGGACUUGGAUGAUCAGAAAAACUGGGAAGAAGCCAUCGAAAAACACAAAAAUCUUGACGAGACCAGCCCAGCAGUACAAAAUAUUCCCCAAAAACUUUCCCGCCAGGGCAGUGCUCACGUCCGGCUUCCCUCGGGAUCCGAUGAUAAGAGUAAUUAUUGGGAGAAAGGUCGUCAGUACAGAAGAGUACCAGCAAAAUUGAUUCGAUUAGCUUCAUUAUCAGCAAGAAAUAAUAAAGACAGCAACGGACAGAGUACCUUUUACAGCCCACCGAAACCAACCCCGAAGGUCAUAAGUCUAGAUGAUGCCAUUAAUGCUCGUCCUCCUCUUAGAAUAGAUAUGGAAGGGCCCACACCGUGUUCUUACUCACCACGUAAUAAACCGCUUCACGAGAAGAAUUCGCCGUCCUGGACGUUCGGACAAAAAUGUUACGUUGAGAAAAUUGGUGGUGCUCGGACAUCCUGGGGUAAGAUAUGGUUCCAAACGCCUCAUGUUUGGCACAAUAAAGUUGAUUUUAAUGCUGAAGCUGAGUGGCCAUCGCCAACUCAUUACCCACAACCACCAACACUUGGAACUAAGCAAGCUACAACUAUAGAAUCACCAGCCUUCACUUUUGGUUCUAAGCCAAAGAAAUCCUCUUCUUUAAUUAAACCUGGAUCUGAGAAUAUGCCAUCACCAGUAGAUUAUGAUAGACAACUAGCCGACAGACAGACCCAUGAACGACAUCCAGCAUUCACACACCAGUUUAGACGUGAUGGUACUGUACUAUGGGAAACAAUCGAACCAACUCCUGGACCUGGCGCCUACUCACCUAGAUCAACUCGAUCAACCGGUUUACACAGAUCAUUUACAAUAGCUGGUAUGCGGAGAGAGAAAUCCCACUUUCUUGGCCCAUUUUCUCAUUUAUAGUGCCUUUUGUGUGAAUUUCCUUGAAAACAUUGUCAUUGUUAAAUUGUUCAAUAUGCUAUACCAGUGUCGGGGCUGCAGUAUAAACUUUAGGUUUCGAUUUCUAGUUUCGAUUUAAUUCAGAAAUAUCCAGGUGUACAAACAUACAUUCAGAAAGGACACAUGAGAAACACGAUCGCACUUACAGGCUUUAGAUUCAUUUCCUAUAAAACAAGAGCAGACACCUUGCUACCCGAUAUUCCAUUAUCCCAGUCAGAGCAAAAGAGUGGGACGUUAAGCCCCGUUUCAUUUCAUUUCACCACUCUGUGAUUUGUUAGUUGGCGUCACGAGGAGUACUUCAAGGUGGGUGCCAACAAUUAGAAACAAGAUCGACGGCUUGAUGCAGCAAUGUAGAUCUGACGAAAUAAGAGAAAGGGAUAUGGAGACCACAGUGUGAUGGAAAAUUUAAGCAAUAGGAAUCAGUUGUAAAACUACAAUAUUGUGAUCUCUAAUAGGAACAUCAGUCCAAAAAUGGUUUAAUUCCGAUCAGUAUUCAGAGCCCGCCGUCAUUUGGUUGUCCACAAAGAUUUAAUGAGAGCCCAAUUUUAAAUCCAAGCCAGGACAUUAUCUAGCGUUGGUAUUUUGAUUUUGUUUUCUUAAUUAAAUGUUAAACAUACAUUAUGCAAGAGCUUAAUCUGUCUGUUGCAGGUCUUUCUUUAGGCAUGAAAUGUUAUCUUAAUUAUUAAUUAGACAUUAAUUAACAUAUCCAGACCAAAAUCAACUCUAGAUGGCAUCGCUAGCCUGCGAUCUUUAGUGGAUUAUGAGCUGUUUUACUGCAUAACUUUCCUUCACGAUUUAACGAUUAAAUGGAUAAUCGAUACUAUGCUGUUUAUCGUACUCACUUUAGUAAUGAUGAUCGAGGCUAGGCAAAAAUUUCAAUCGCUUAGUUCUCGGUUCAUAGUGGAUCAAUUUGAAUGAAAUUUUCAGCAAAUUGCCUUUACAUUAUCUAGUUUUUAACUAUUAUAGUGAGAACUGCCAACUCUUUCUUUAUCUAAUCUCACAUAAUGUAUCUUUAAAUAAUCAAUUUAAGUUCAUAUUAGUGUGGAUAAAACUGUAAGAAAUUUAAUAUUUUAGCUACAAAUGCCAAUGGCGCAUCGUGUUACUUUUAAUUAACGCCGUUGUAGAAAUUGUAGUAGCGCAGAUGUCUAGGACUAUUAGGAUGCAGUGAAGUGGUAUCAGAUGUUCCUGAACUUUAUGUUCUCUUCCAUACACUGAUUUACAAUGAAAUCGUAAUCUUUCGCCAAUCCCUAGUUUCGAAUCUUUUAUAACAAGUGGACAAUCUGGCCACGGGCCUAUCUCGUGUCAUAAACAUAAUUAUGUAUAACACUAUGAUAGUCCCCACAACCGACCCUCUUCUUUUGAGCUGCAUUCUUUGGUAAGACAUAAUGAUUAUGUUUAACCUACAAUCAACUAAUCAAUCGUGUUGUUCGCGGUGGUCUUAUUCAUUUGCUGCAAGCUAGUAUUUAAAUAAAUAAUUUAUAUUUCAAGAGAUAUUCCUUUUUCGAGAAACGUCUUCACGAAGUCAAAAAUGUUUCCUCCAAGGUAACAUCAUGGCUAUCUACAUGGAGUGGCUAAACUUUGAGUGCCACUUAUAUUUCUUUCUUUUUUUAACAAUUUGUUUUAUUCAUGUGAACAUGUGGACAGGGAUUUAUGAAACAGGCCAGGCCUUUUUCAACAUCUGCCUCUUCAUGUCGUUGAAUUAUGUACAUAAAUGUAUAUAACAAUUCUUGCUGUGCCAAAACUUAU